AUGGGUCUCUACACUGACCUUCCAGCAGAUAUCAAUGCUGUAGACGUCAUCAUCGCCGGUGGAGGCACCGCUGGCUGCAUCGUGGCAUCCAGACUUGCCGAUGCUGACCCAAACCUGUCCAUUGUGGUCGUCGAGGCUGGCCCCGACGGAGCUGGGAACCCCAGCGUGGACUAUCCCGUCUUCUUCUUGGGGAAUAUCCACCCUACCUCUAGCGUGUCGACCUUUUACAAGAGCAAGAAAUCCAGCUUCACAGGCGAUCGCGAUAUUUUCGUCCCCACCGGCAAUGUGCUCGGUGGUGGUUCGGCCAUCAACAUGAUGUACUACAAUCGUGCUCAGCGCUCGGACUGGGAUUCGUGGAAUGUGCCCGGUUGGUCUGCCGACGAGCUACUCCCGUAUAUGAAAAAGCUUGAAUCCUACCAUGGCCCGGGCUCUAUGGACCACCACGGAACUGAUGGCCCGAUCCAAGUAUCUACAGGCACUUAUGCUUCUCCCAGAAUACAGGAGCAAUGCAUCUCGGCGAUGAAGGAGCUCGGGUGGCCGGAGAUUGAUGACUUCUUCAGCGCAGAGAGCUGUAAUGGGGUUCAGCGCCCUGUUCGAUACAUCUCUCGUGAUGGUAAGCGCCAAGACACGGCAUCGCGGUACCUGAGACCUCGUCUCGAAGACAACAAGCAUCCCAAUCUCCAUGUCGUUGUUGGCACCAAGGUCAUCAAGGUUCUGAUUGAGGGUCAGCGAGCCACCGGUAUAGUGCUCAAGGGCAGUGCGGCAGAGGAGCGCACGAUCCGAGCCAACAGACUGGUUGUUGUAUCCGCGGGCACGUUUGGUACACCCGCAAUCCUGGAGCGGUCCGGGGUUGGCAGUGCUGAGGUCCUGGAGCGUGCUGGCGUCACUCAGGUUGUCGACCUUGCCGGUGUCGGAAGGGAGUAUGAAGACCACAGCAUGGUGAUGUACUCGUUCAAGUCUGCUCUGGAGCCCGAGGAGACUAUAGACGGGAUUCUGAGGGGCAAGAUGAACCCCGCUGAGCUGAUACAGAGCAACCACGCGAUUUUGGGAUGGAACACCGUGGAGGCUUCACUUAAAAUCCGGCCAAGUGAGAAGGACAUUGCUACAUUUUCUCCUGAAUUCAAGGAGCAUUGGGAUACCGAGUAUAGAAACAAGAAGGAUAAACCUUUGGUUUUGAUGGCUCUGAUCUGCACCUAUCCUGCGGAUCCCACUGGGGUUCCUGACGGACAGUAUUUUGGCAUGCCCGUCUUCACUGCGGACACUCUCUCGAAGGGUCACCUCCACAUUACUGGUCCGGGCUUGGAUGAUCCCGUCGAUUUUGACAUCGGGUGCCUUUCAGAUGAAAAGGGGAUUGAUCUUCAGAAGCACAGGUGGGCGUACAAGAAGCAUCGAGAGAUUGCCCGCCGUAUCGGUGUCUAUCGUGGAGAGUACGCACCUGAUCACCCUCCAUUCCCGUCCGACUCGAAGGCAGCGUGCGUUGAACUCGAUGGACCACCUCAGAACGUGAAAGACAUCGAGUAUUCAGCCGAGGACGAUGCCAUUAUCGAUGCUUGGGUACGGGAUAAAGUCAACUCGAUAUGGCAUUCCCUCGGUACAUGCAAAAUGGCCCCGGUUGAAAACUACGGUGUCGUCGGCCCCAAUCUGAGUGUCCAUGGGAUCCAGGGCUUGAAGUUGGUUGAUUUGAGCAUCGCCCCGAAGAAUGUGGCUGCCAAUACGAACCAUACAGCACUUGUGAUUGGAGAAAAGGGGGCGGAUAUUAUCAUCAAGGAGCUCAAUCUUUGA